AUGCUUAUUGGAAGGCAUGACUCCUUCCAUGAAGUCCCGACUGUGCCCGGGCCUGCUCCCCACUACGUCGAAACCCCGGCCCCGAUAGGAGCUUCUCCGACUACUCCCGGCACCGCACCCGUGGAAGCACCCGUCUACUCGGCCCCUACAGCUAGCGGAUGUUCGCCCACCCCUGGAACCGCUCCUACGGCUCCGGUAGCCGCACCUACUCACUCUGGGACUGCCCCUACGACUCCCGGGUCCGCUCCCAUGCAAGCGCCUGUCUACUCGACCCCUACCGGUGGUGGAGGUUCGCCCAUUCCAGGAACUGCCCCGACCACGCCGGGCUCCGCGCCGGUGCAAGCCCCCGUCUACACGACACCCUCACCUGUCCCUGGACCGGACAGCGCCCCGACUAGCGGAACUGCCCCGACCACGCCGGGCUCCGCGCCGGUGCAAGCCCCCGUCUACACGACACCCUCACCUGUCCCUGGACCGGACAGCGCCCCGACUAGCGACAUGGAGAGGUGCAGCAACGGUGUUUAUGGCAUCGAGUCGUCGAACGGACUUGCGUGCUGCGCGUUGACCUGCGGGUCUUGCGGCGGUGUUGGCUGCAGCCGGCGCCCGGGAGGGUCCUACGACUGCUGCGAGAGCGAAAUCGUGGAAGAGGGAGAGGCUUGUGCUGCAACUGGAGCGUCUCCUUGCUACAUGGACGGAGACGAGGUGCUGGACCCGGUUGUUCCCUCCAUGUCCCCCGUGGUGCCCGAAGAGACGGACAUGCCCGGCGGCUUCGGCGGCAGCUCAUACUCGUACUCAUACGACUUCGUUUCGUGGGACGGAGACAGCAUGGACGACCAGUUCAUGUGGUGCACCAACAGCGUACCCGGAGUGGAGUCUGCCGGAGGCGAGUCACAAACAAACAUUGGACGAGCAGUCCUGUCAUGACUCCUCCGCCUUUUGCGAUAAUUUGCUGUGCACGGCCUAUAAAUUCUUGCUUGUGUUUCUGUGGUUUGGUUCGGACACUUCAGUGGUUUGCUCCGCAAGCACGUCCUCCUUUUGGGUUUGGUCGUGAUAGCGAUGCGAACACGAAACGGAGCUUGGAGGUACACGUUCUACCUUCCUUUUGUUGUCUCCGGCAAGCCCAGACCGUCGGCGGCAUGCCGGCGCCUGUGGCCGCUCUAGCCUGCGUAUAGAUUGCCUUGUCGUUUUAUAUUCGCCAUGUGUGACGGGACUGGCUUCCUGGUGUUGAGUGCUGCUCUCUAAAAUCAUGUCCAAUGU